GAUAUAUUUUUUCUUCACCAAUUUUGUAAAAAUGAACUGGGCUUUGUCAAUUUUUGUAUUUUAUUUUGGAUUUUUAUCUGGAUCGGAAUCAUGUCUUUUGAAACGUUCAGAAUUUAGGGAGUGUCGUUUCCUUCGCUCUCGUUUAGUGGAUCCUAACCUCACUUGCAAUUUGGACAUGGUUGUUAGUAACAACGUCCCAAAUCUAAGCCUUGGGACAGGUUCGGUCAGUAUGGCGUCUGGUGGUGUAUGGGGACAGUCACUCUUUGAAACCCUUGGCAAUGGCAAUUCAUCAACUAUAAAAUUCAGUGGAAGAAGUGGCGGAGAAAGACCUUCCAGUUUUCCCUACGUUAUGCCGAAACCAUACUGUUGUCCGAAUGAUGGUGGCAACGAGACGACCGGUACUUUGAUCUUGACCAUUUACGAACCGACAACCCUACCCAUGUGGAAGUCGCCAGAAAAGGCUUCGAUUUUACUCAAAUGGAACGCAGCGUGUCAAAGUGAUUGCAAUGAUUGGAUUGAAUUACGACUAGCACCAUCAGUAAAGUCCUUCUCAGGGGAACUGUUCAAUGAAGACCCAACUGACACUGUCUUAAAUGCAAACCAGCGUGUCAGAGAUGGACAAAACAAAGCGACAGAUGUGGAUUUCGUCACGAAACACGGCGCCGUUGCAAGGGUAGCAAACUCGGACUUUGUCGUAUCGGCCAGGCUGGAGGGGGAUGAACGAGUUGGAAAUCGUGUUAUGAAGGUCACCAUUUAUCCCAACAGUAUGCCGGAUGUGGUAAUUAUUGAUGCUGGUGUUUGAUUUGGGAAAAUUAACCGAGCAUAUAAAUUAGGAUGUAAGUAGGAAAAAGUUAUAUGUGCUUAGAAAUAAAAAUUAUAGUCGUCCAGCUUUAUUUAUCACAUUGU